AUGAAUAACUACGCCCCUCUGAUAACGGGACUGAAACAUGUCUCACCUCUGAAAGAGCUCAAUCCCGGCGAUACAGAGCGCAACUACAACACGGAUAUCUGGAUUGCAGUAUUGCUUCCGGACGACUUUAAAGUUGCGUUUGGUCUCCAUAGGCCCCCGAAAGGUACGAAACCAGCAUCGGGUGAUUGGACUACAGAUCUCGAUAAGCGUGUAUACCCGACCUAUCUUCCCGGAAGAAAUCUAUAUCGCUGGGUCCCAGUUACGGACUUGUUUGUACUCACAAAUAAGCUUCCUCACGUUUUCAUCCAAAAGAUCCCCGGUCGUUAUCGCGAAAAAGAUGCGAAGCUGUACGGCAUACUACUCGAAAUUAUCGCCAAGGAACCCGGUCUAGACUUCUGGCAAAGUAUGUCCAGAAAGGAGUCAAUGAUAAAGGGCACGCGUGGCAAAACGCUUGAUCUUGUACUCCCGGAUGGCUUCGAGGGCAUACUGGAAGGAAUCUCCCUUCCAGGCGAUGACGAUUCCGAGGAUAAUGGCAGCGAUUCUAGUGAUACGGACGAUCAACCAGAGCUAGCGGAGGCCGACGAAGAGCCGCCGCGUAAGAUGCCGGCAGUGACCAACUCACUCUCGUCAUCGAAGACCCUGGUUGGCCCCUCUCGCCAACGUGAGAAGAGUGCAAGACCUCUCACUUUUCCCGGAGAGAAAACCCCAUUCCCCAGCUUCCAUGUUGGAAGGUCCGAACUAGCUGGGAGCUCUGAGGUUGAGCAGAGCACCUCGCUGUCAGCGAAAGCAAAGACACAGGUCGGAGGGAAGGGUACGCAGCCCAAGAUGGAGGAAGAACCCAUCGAGGGUGUCACCACUGCUCUGUCCAAGCGGCAAAAGUUGCUCUUUGAAAUGCCCUGGACUCUUGCGGCCAUGAUUGAGCAUGUUCUCUUAGAAAAGGAGAACUCACAGGGACUGCUGGCCGUAUUUCGUGACGUUUCUACCGUGAAAGAGCCCGAGUUAGGAAAGCUGAUUUCCUUCCUCAAGACUCAAGAAUUCACCCCGCAUCUUCUAAAGACACCCCUCAUCCGACAAGGCAACCCUGAGGAAGUCGAGGAUUGCGAAAUUGGUGACUGUAUCGGAAUACACCGUCAAUUCCAGCUUCACGGCGUCACAAACUCGGCGGAUCUUCACAAGCAGAUCGUUCAGCUAGGAAAACUGUAUUCCUAUGCCCGUCGUCUGAAUAUGGUUGACCUUGUGGAAAAGAUUACGUUCAAGCUGCAGGUCGCCUGGAAUUCCUAUCCGGGCUUGUCACAGCUGGAACCACUUCUAGACGUGACCGCGAUCGCGUUUAAGGAUUCCACCAGCACUACUCGCCUCCAGGAUUGGGUGGUCAAUUUCAUUGCCGAUACCCUGAAUUUGAUCUACUACCAGUGCCCCAAUCGGUACUGGGCGCUCAUGAGGGAUCUACCUGACCUUUAUAACUCUGUCACACGGAUGCGCUCCGAGCUCAACCGCAAAAGCCCAGAGAGGUAUGCGAAUCCUCGGGAUCAAAUUCGUCAACGCGGCAUCAAUGAUUUCUGA